AUGAUACUCACAUACCGCCGCUUCAGGCGUACAUACCUCCGCCGCAUCUUGUGGGCGCUCGCCGCGCUCUUCCUCCUCGAUGUCGUCCGCAUCAUCUCCAGCCGGCCCUACACCCUUCGGUCUCCCUUGGUGGAGAAACGGUCCACAGCGAGCCCGGGCGCGAACGACACCUCGGUCUUCAUAGUGUCGGUACACAGGAACACGGAAGUGAUCCAGAGGGCGUCGUGGAACGAGGCGGUGCUGUCAUUGGUCGACUACCUCGGCCCCGAGAACGUGCACAUCUCGGCCGUCGAGUCCGGGUCGCAGGAGGGCACCAAGGAUGCCUUGAUAGAGUUGCAGGCCGGGCUGGACGCCAGGGGCGCUUCCAACGAGAUCAGCCUGGGCAUGACGGUAUGGGAGCAGCUGGACGAGAUCGACACGCGACCGCCGCCCAACGCCAGGGAGCCCGGGUGGAUCUGGAACGCGGCCGAGGACCAAUUCGAGAUGCGCCGUAUACCUUACCUCUCGAGAGUGCGCAACCAGGCGAUAGCACCGCUGAGGCGACUGGAGAGGGAAGGUAGGCGGUUCGACAAGGUGCUCUGGUUGAACGACGUCGUGUUCGAUGCUCAAGAUAUCCAGACCCUCCUCGAUACGCGCGACGGCAACUAUGCGGCGGCUUGUUCUAUGGACUUCAAGUCGUCGCCCUUAUACUACGAUACAUUCGCUUUACGAGACGAUAUGGGCCAGAAGACAGCGUCCCUGCAUUGGCCUUGGUUCCGGUCGCCGAAAGCCAGAGCCUCGUUGCUCCGAAGUGAACCAAUUGAGGUUACGUCCUGUUGGAAUGGGAUAGUGGUAUUCGACGCUGCUCCCUACUACAACAACCCGCCCCUACUUUUCCGUGGUAUCGAGGACAGUCUGGCGGAUUUCCACCUGGAGGGAUCCGAAUGCUGCCUGAUCCACGCGGACAACUACCUGUCUUCAGAAAAGGGAGUCUGGCUGAAUCCCAACGUCCGAGUUGGCUACAAUGUGAAGGCAUAUAACCGGGUUCAGGGCGACCGGUUUCCCGGCCCCUUCUGGGCAAUCGUGGGUGUCUGGGUGAACCGCAUCGUGAGUUGGCGGGCAGGCAUCCAGCACUCACUAGAGAUGCGUCAUGUUCAUAAAAAGAUCGAUUCAUGGACCGCAGAGACUCCCCAAGGGGAGCUGGCCCGGUUUGAACCCGGGGAGGCUUGCCUGAUCAAUGAGAUGCAGAUCAUGUGGUCGAAUGGCUGGAAGCAUCUGUAG